GCCCAAUCCAUAUUCCUUUACAAACUUGCCUCUCCCUCAUUUGUCCACCCCUUUCUCUCUGGUUCCUCGGAAAUUCUCAAAGGACUAGCUCCCGAGUAUAGCGUUCCAGGAAAAAUGUCUGCGUUUGAGAAUGUUGUUGGUGGGAAGCUGAAGCUAAAGGGAAAGGCCCUGGAUGUGAAGGCGGGUGGGGUGAAGAAGAAAAAGAAACAUAAGAAGCAAAAUGAUCAAAGUUCUCAAGUCAUUGACAACGAACUUUCAGCAGAUGGAAGUGCAAUAAUAUCGACUGAUCUCAACGAGGAAAAUAUUAACGAUGCCAACAAAUCCAGUGGGGAAGGAAACGCGGCUUCUUAUGAUGAACAUCUCACCCCAGCGGAGAGACGCUAUAUGGAGCAAAGGGAGCAAAUUGAUGUCUGCAGGCUAGCCAAGACAGCUAAUAAAUCACACCGUGAUCGGAUUCAGGAUUUCAACCAGUAUCUGGCAAACAUGAGUGAGCAUUAUGACAUUCCUAAGGUUGGUCCUGGCUAAAUUUGGCUAUACGAGUGUGAUAGGGCCGAAGAUGCGGCUUCCUUCAUCAACAGUUCAAAUAUCAUUUUGCAAAGAGUGCUGCUUCUGUCAGCAUCUAUGCAUUAUAUCUGUUAAGGAAUUUGCUGUAUUUUGUAGCUGAUUCGUCUAUGUUACUCACUGAUUUGGAAAUCAAGUGAAACAACCUACUCUUUGUAAGAAUUACCCUUGCAUGAAAUCAUUGUGUCGUUCGCAGUAUUGAUGGGUCCUUGAAAUCUGAUGAUAUUGUACGCUGGGUUUGAUUAAAACGUUUGUGUCCAUCACCGUGGAUUUGACUCAUAUUACUAGUACUUUUUCAAUUGUAUUUUUCUAUUUUACUAGAUGAAUUAUUUAGUUUAUUCA